AUUCAACAAUGAAACAUCGUCAACAACAACAAAAUCUUGCAACAACAACAACAACAACAAUGUCCAAUAACAAUAAGGAUCAUCGACAACAACAAAAAAUUUUUCAAUUUCUAUUUCAACCUUGUCAUUCAUCUGGUUUAGCUGUAAAUCGUAUUCUAAUUGGCAUACUAUUAUUAUUCGAUACAAUACAUGAACGUGGUCUAUCACGUGCUGAUAUUAUUUGGUCUGAAUCAAUGUUAAAACAACGUUGUUUAUUUCCAUUAUUUGAAUCAUUUUCAUUGAAUAAUUAUGAUGAUAAUGUUCGAUCAGAAUUAUUCUUUACCAUUUAUACCAUUAUGAUUAUAAGCUUAAUCGGUAUCAUUUUGGGUUGUUAUUAUCGUUUAUGUUCGAUUCUAUAUUCGAUUGCAUAUUGGUUAUUAUUUAUGCAAGAUCGUAGCCGUUGGAAUAAUCAUUCAUAUUUAUUUGGUUUAUUAGCCAUUCAAUUGUCGUUGAAUGAUUCAAAUCGUAAAUGGUCAUUAGAUUCUUAUUGGAAUCAAAAUGAUGAAGAAUCAGGUGAUCAUGUUGAACAAUGGCAAUAUUUUUUAUUACGUUUUCAAAUAUUUAUUGUUUAUUUUUAUGCUGGUCUGAAAAAAUUUAAUCCCGAUUGGUUAUUUGGUUAUUCAAUGAUUAAUAUUUCACAACAUUGGAUUUUUCAAUGGACAAGAUUAUUAUCAAUACCUGAUCAUUGGAUCGAUUAUUAUCUAAUACAUUUAGGUGGUUUUAUAUUCGAUUUAUUUGUUGGUUUUUUACUUAUUCAACCAACAACCAGAUGGUUGGCAUUCAUUCUUUGUAUAAUAUUUAAUGUUAUUAAUUCACAAUUAUUUCAAAUCGGUAUGUUUCCAUGGAUAAUGUUGGCUAUAAUGCCAAUAUUUUGUCAACCCGAUUGGCCAAUGAAAAUUAUUGAUUAUUUUACGGUUGUUGUUGUUGUUGUUGAUAACAAAGACCAAAACAACGACAACAACAACAAUCAAGGCAACAACAACAACAACAACAAUCGAAUCGAAUGUUGUAACAAAAAGGAUUUUAAACGUAAACGACAACAACAUUAUCAAUGGAAUAUUCGUCAUAUUUGUUUGGCUAUCUUUAUCGUUAUCUACGUUAUUAUUCAAUUGAUAUUACCAUUUGCUUUUCUCGUAUUUCGUGGAUAUAAUACAUGGACAACCGGUAUUUAUGGUUAUAAUUGGGAUAUGAUGGUACAUAAUUGGAAUCAUUUACAUACGGAAAUUAAAAUACAUUUAAUUAAUCAAAAUGAAACUAGAAUUAAAUAUUUAAAUAGUGAUUUGUAUACACAUAAUAAUCGUUGGACACAUCAUGCUGAUAUGGCUAAACAAUUUGCUGGUUGUAUUGAAAAGAAAUUCAAAAAUGAUCAUCAUCAGUAUGAUAGAAUUGAAUUAUAUUUGGAUGUAUGGAUAUCAUUGAAUGGUCGUUUUGCACAAAGAAUAUUUGAUCCAAACAUAGAUUUAAUCCGUGCAGAAUGGUCACCAUUUCGAAUGGCCGAUUGGAUUAUACCAAUAUAUCCACAAUCAAAUUAUUGGCGACAACGUUUAUCAAAUGAUUUCGAUAUAUUCGAUACGGUUAUUAAAGAAAAUCAAAAAAAUGGUUCAUUAACAUUAUUUUUAGCCGAUCGUCCGGGUGAAUUAUUUCAAACAUAUAUUGAUAAUUUCAAAGAACCGAUACGAUUAAUCAUUUUCGAUCGUCAAUUAUUGAUAAGAAUUUAUCGUUUAUCAAACCACGAUGAUCAAGAAGAUUGGAUUGAUUAUGAUGAAUAUCUUCUUUUAUCCAAUGAUCAAUUGGAAUUAUUACCCGGUACAAUGAUUGAAAUGAUGACAAUUGGCUCGAGUGAAAGUUAUUUUGCUUUACUAUAUCCACAAUUAUCGAUCAAUAAUGAUAAUCAACAACAACAACAAAUCAAUGAUCAAUCAUCAUCAUAUUUGGAAUUGAUACGCAACCGAAAUGCAUAUAUUCAAAGUAUAAAACAUUUAUUUAUCGGUUUUAAUUAUCUAAUUUGGAAUUGUUUAAUUAUUAAUAUUACAAGAUUAUUAUUUGAAAUUAUUCAAAUAUUUUAUUGUUUUUGUUGAAAAAAAUUUUCAAUUGUAAAACUAUGGUCGGUCCGCAUAUGGACAC